UAGCUUUUCCACAAACUGGACGUUGCGCGGAGAGACAAGUAUUUAUGUAGCACAACCUAAGAGGAGAGUCGCCUUAUGUGAUCAACCCGUCGUUUACAAGCCAAUUAUAUGCGAUUUUGACGACGCUCACAUUUGAUUUUUUUUUUUUGUUGUUGUUCGCGAUUCAUCACUCUUGACGGAAUGCCCAUGUGUCCAGGUUGAAGUAGCUAACGUUAGCUACAGUAGCUUGCCUGGAGAGCUGUGGACACUGGGUCUGGCUUUUAUAGGCUAUCAUCAGUGGUUUGCAAAUUGCGUAAUGGCUAUCAUUUAUGUAACUAUCCAGUUGAGCACAGUCUGACGUUGAACUGGUGUAUUUAGCUAUCUUAUUCGCAGUGACAUAACAUUUGCGGGGUAUGAACAGUUGGAAUAAGUGAUACAUUUCUUAGAUUUGCGAUGCUGACAGACUUGGGUGGGGCUGUUUUGGAUGACACGCAGUGAAAUAACAGAAGAUAUUCUCAGGAUAUAGCUAUCUACUCAACCUAGGGAUUCAGAACACAAUGACCAAGCCCGACUCGAAGAGGAGCAGCGUGGCUCUUGUCACUGGCAAACCUGCCAAUGCUGCAGAGGAGCAGGUCAAUAAUGGCUCAUCUGACCCUUCAGUGUCCGGUUCUCCCCACCACGCAUUGACCCCGCCGACUCCAACCAAACACAAAUCUGCUAAACAAGUCUCCCGAGACAACCUUUCUAGACGAAACACGGAGUCUGAAGUAUUCGACGAUGGAACCAACACCUUUUUCUGGAGAGCACAUACAGUCACUGUGCUUUUCAUUCUCACGUGUGUGUUGGUCUAUGUCACUCUGUUGGAGGAGACACCCCAGGAUACGACGUACAACACGAAAAGAGGGAUUGUGGCCAGCAUCCUAGUGUUCCUCUGCUUUGGAGUGACACAAGCCAAAGAUGGCCCAUUCACCAGACCACAUCCAGCAUACUGGCGCUUCUGGCUAUGUGUCUCCGUUGUCUACGAGCUGUUCCUUAUCUUUGUGCUGUUCCAGACGGUCCGUGAUGGGAGACAGUUUAUGAAGUACAUUGACCCCAAACUGGGGGUAGCCCUGCCGGAGAGGGACUAUGGCGGCAACUGCCUCAUAUACGACCCGGGGAACACCACCGACCCCUGGCAUAACAUCUGGGACAAGAUGGAUGGCUUUGUCCCCGCUCACUUUCUUGGCUGGUAUAUUAAGACACUUGUGAUCAGAGACUGGUGGAUGUGUAUGAUCAUCAGCGUCAUGUUUGAGUUCCUGGAGUACAGUCUGGAGCACCAGCUUCCCAACUUCUCUGAGUGCUGGUGGGACCAUUGGAUAAUGGAUGUGCUGGUGUGUAAUGGCCUGGGGAUCUACGCUGGGAUGAAGACCUUAGGCUGGCUGUCUAUGAAGCCCUACCAGUGGCAGGGACUGUGGAACAUCCCCACAUAUAAGGGGAAGAUCAAGCGCAUGGCCUUCCAGUUCACACCCUACAGCUGGGUCAAGUUUGAGUGGAAGCCUGCCUCCAACCUACGCAGGUGGCUGGCUGUCCUGGGAAUCAUCUUCAUGUUCCUGCUGGCGGAGCUGAACACCUUCUACCUGAAGUUUGUGCUGUGGAUGCCUCCGGAGCACUACCUGGUGUUGCUUCGCCUCGUCUUCUUUGUCAACGUGGGCGGAGUGGCCAUGAGGGAGAUCUACGACUUCAUGGACGACCCGAAGUUCUAUAGGAAACUGGGUCAGCAGGCAUGGCUGGUGGCGGCCAUCACCGUGACCGAGUUCCUCAUCGUAGUCAAAUAUGACCCCAGGACCAUCAUGCUGCCCAUCCCCUUCUUCGUCACCCAAUGCUGGUUCCUCGGCAUCGUCCUCAUCCUCAGCUGGACAUUGUGGCGCUUCUUCAUCCGUGACAUCACUCUCCGCUACAAAGAUGCUCGCCGACGGAAGCAGGAGGUCACAGGGGACUGCGGCCGUCCCCAUGGCAACGGUGGCACGGCAACCCCGUCGGGACGCAGCAAACUCAACGGCAUCUCCGAGUCUCUCCGACACAGGAAGUCCUGAGAGGCGGAGCCUGCCGCUGGUAGGGGGUGGGGAAAGGGACAAAAAAAAAAGAGCCGCAAAGCGCUGCAGCGCAGGGC